AUGGACUUCGACCUCGCCGGCUUGGAGGUGGAUCACCGUAAGCGUCGCCGCAACCGGACCACCCAAUCAUGCUUGAAUUGCCAUACGUCUAAGCGCAAGUGCGACAGGAAGCGACCAUGCCAGCGUUGCAUACAACUCGGUCUGACGGGCCUUUGUGUAUACGAGGUCGACGAUCCCGCUCUCCGGGAUGAUCCGAACGUGGACGAGAACACCCGCCUGCGCAAUCGCAUUGCAGAACUUGAGAGCCUCGUUCGCGAGCUUCGAGGCAAACCUCAUCCGAAAUGGGCGGAACCCACAUUCUGCGACGGCGACCCCAACGAGAAGUGGCAUUCACGCUCCUCUCGACGUCUUCAGUAUCAAAAGGGCCCCCGAGAUCGGCACGAGGAGGCAAACGGGCGAAUGCCGCCUGCUAUCAAGACGGAGCAUGGCUCGGACCCCUCUCAACAGCACCUUUACCGCUUUACGCCCUCCCCCACUCACCCCAACGUCGACAACGGCUCCGGGCACUCGUAUAACCUCUACCGCAACCAGCAGGGGCACGGGCAUGGGCAGGCCGUGUAUUCCCCCGCCGACGACUCGUCAUGCUACUCGUCGCCUUCCUCCGCGUCUGUCAUGACGUACGGCGAGGCGCGCCAUGGCGUCUCGAAUGGGGACCACUAUUACCAAGACCAGCAACAGCAGUACAUGCAACACUCGUGCCCGUGCUUGACUAACCCGGCAGCGGGGAACGUCCUGAUCGGGCUCACGAAUCAGCUCCAGAAUACGGCGGCGGUCCUCAGGCAGUUACCCGAACAUAACACGUCUCGGAGCUGCGUCAUACUUCGGCGCGUGGCAGACUUGAAUGAUAUCAUGCACGGCAAUACUUCCGGCAGCCCCUCGUCGUACGAGAGCUUGUCGACGCCGACCGAGACGGAGCUCAACAUGUCGCCCAUAUCGACGUCGAGCCAGUCAAGCAUUGGCGCAGCCACGGGUCCCAGUAUGCACGAGCAGUGGCCAAGCGCGCAGAUGGGCCAGUCUGCCGGCUAUGAUUCAUACUUCCCAGUCGCGGCCGCGACGCAGCCCGAGCAUGCCGCCGCCGUAUAUCACAAAACCUAUAUCAGCUAA